UUCAACUACAGUGGUCCAGACGGAAGUGGUAGAUCGUAGCCUUCUCUCUCAGAGAAAAGAUAUUGAUAGAAAUUUAUAUUUGGAAGCUACGAACCAGAAAGGAUUCGUGUAGAGGCAUCCUGAGACAUCCGGAAACCUCUAUUAUUAAGCCUCAUAUAAGAAAAAACUUCUCAAGUGUACGCCUGAGAUGAUAUUUUCGGAAUCUGGCCCACUGCCUAGUCGACUGUGGUGCUUAUUAUCAUUGGACGGACGACCGCACCACCCACCCACACCAAUAUCGAUUGGAUUGGUCCCUGCCCCCAACGCCGCGCUCCACUGAGAUUAAUUGAGCAUAAAUUUUCGAUGCGAUUCUGUGGCACUGCGUGAGCUGCGAAAUAUUCCCAGGGUGAACUGGUGGGCUGUGCAGAAAGCGUCCUUGAGCAAUGUUUAAUAGACUUUUAAGUCGAUUUUUUGUGGCCCUUUGCAAGGCCAAGCUUGGCCUCUGCCCGCAGUCACUGCCUCCAUGAAGGACCCAUGUCGCGAACGGCUGUCACCUGCCGGCAGUCGUAACCAUUAAUCAUGAUUACUUCGCACUGAAGUCGACAAACGGCCUACAGCCUGUUCACAAUGGCCCGUAAAUUCCGUUGCUAUUACUCACAUUAAUAAGUAAUUAUUUGAUUCGAUGGCACGUACACAUGCACACACAGCAAACACUCCUCCGUCAUCGGAUACGACUCUCUGGGGUGGCAGGUGGAUAGAUGGAUGGACUGUGCUAAAUUCUGGCUCUGAUGUGAUUUGAUUUGUGACUUCUAAUGGUUGCAUUUCACACAUCGACACGCAUCAGGUCCGGCUCAUUGAUUUUUGGGUGGGUUAUCUCACGACACGCCCACAAAUUAAUGCAGAAUCCAAUGAAGGGGUUAGGAGAAGAGAAGAGAGAGCUGUGUGGAUAGUUCAAUGAUUCAGAGUGCACUUAACCUCUGUCUUUACUUUAUGCAACUCAGCGGCGCGAAGUCUUUAAGUCACAGAAUAUAUUCUUAUUCACAAACUAUCCAUUAUGAAGCGGUCCCCAUAUUCCUAUCAGCUAGAAAUGGUCGGUCCAGGGCUUAAGCGAACUGAUUUGCUUGAGAAACAGAAACAACUUAAUCCCCAUUAGAUGGUCCAAGAGGAACGGAACCCCAGGAGAUCUGCAAAGUAACGAAAGCGCCAGCACAACGAUUAAAACUUUUUGCGGCGGCUUCCUCCGCUUCUGCCCCUGCCACAGCCUCCGCCCAGAGACCACACACAGACAGUUGGUCGAGAAGGAGUCGAAACUUUCUGCUUUGCGGUUAAUUCGUUUUUAUUUUCAGUUGUGGCGAUUGUUUAACCGAAAGCCUCAAAAACCAACUGGCGCCAGACAUUCGACUCUCCUUUUCGGAGCUGCCACAACAAGUGACAUGUCAAUCAAUGGUCCAGACAGACUCCAGGACAACGGAGCGUGCUCUGUGUCGGAUUGAGUGUGCGUCCGCCACCGCCACAGCCACCGCCCGCAGUCUGCCACCAGUUGUGUCUACUUGCCCCAGGAACAUGCCAAUGGAAUUGGCCCGGAGCCGGACAGCUGACAACGGCCCGAAGCUCUCUCUCUCUCUAUCUCUCUCGGAUGAAAGUUGUUGCUGGCCAGCGGCUAUUCAGCUUCGAUUCGAUUGUAUACUCGACACAAAGGGCGGAUAGCUGGCUCUUUAUUUAAGGUGCCACACAACAAAGCCACAGAAAAGAAAGUAUAAAAGUAUAAAUACAAACAGAGUUGUGCUCGCAGAAAAAGUGGAAACAUUUAUUAUCAACGGAAGCCAUUGGGGGAAAUAGUUUUCACUCAGAAGUGCCCCUUUGGCUUGCGGGAAGAUGGUCAGCAAUUGCUGCACCGGAAACCAUCUUUGCCAGUCAGAAAAUGCUGCGGAAAUGCGUAGAGAAAAGGCGGGUAGGGAUAAACGUUUUGUCCCGAAAAAGGAGAGGAAACACAGCACACGUAUCCGCCACUCGUGGCCAGCAUUCCGUGCGAUAUGCUCGACCAUUGCUUGCAGUGAGUCAACAUAAGUGCGGACCGACCUCUAGGGUCCAGGUGGGGGGCUAUGGACUCGCAGUCAUACAUACAAAUUGCACUUUGAGCGCACACAGGACGCAUGCAACUGGGUCAACGUACGAGGAACUCGCCUGUCCGCGUGUCCGUCCCCCCUGCGGGCCAGGAUAAUGUCAGACACAGAAGUCCUGAGGCGCUUUGUGCGCUGUGCCCUGGCGAUAAGCAUCUGCAGCACGCCUCGGUCCGAGUGUCCUUCUGCCAGCGUUUCCAUCCAGAAAAGGCGCUUAAAAUGCACGACUCCUCGGACACAGCACCAGCUAAUGACUCGCAGUACGAGUAGGUGUGAGAAAGGAAAUUCAGUGACCAAAAUAGCACUUUCUUUGGUCAUUAAUGAAAGGUGUGAAAGUUUGAGUGGCUCAGAUUUUUUGAUAUUCCCGCUCUUAGAGCUCUCAGUCUUAGAUAUAUUUUUGCUUAGUCCCGCGGUGGCUGCUCUGCCACAUAGAACUCAAUUGAAGCGCGCUCAGAGCCCAGCUCAGCGGGAAUGAGUAGCGCUCAAUUGGGGUCUAAAUGAUGGGGCAUGGGGCGUGGGCGGGUGUGCCUCAAUUGCCACGAAACGCGAUACAAAUGUACAGAAUUCCGUAUCACUUUAAUUCGGCGAUGACUGCCGAGCAACCAGCACGGAAAAUCUCUUCAAAGUACAAACGUUUUCUAAUUGAGUGUCAAGUUUAAAGAUGAUGAAAAUAAAACUAUUGCUGCUGCUUUUGCUGCCCUGCCUGCUGUUCGUGGGUCCCCUCAGAGCUAGCUGCCCCAUCUAUCUGACCAUCUCGCUGUCCGGCAAGGCCUUGCAUGACUCCUGUCUGGAGGUUAACUGGGGUCCCGACUGCGCUGGCCCGCCCGAAUGGAUUGGGAUCUAUGGCCAGGAUCCGACCAUAUCCAACUUCCAGCCGGAACUGCGCAUCAAUGGCAUUACCAAUCGGACGGGCAAACUGCCGACGCCCAUAAAGCUGGGAAAGCUGCUGUUUCCCGGGGGCUGGAAUCGUCAGGAUAGCAACGAGGUGCCAGCCACACGGUAUCCCAGGGGCAAGUGCCUGCCGCAUUAUGUGGCCAGCUACAAUGGCACGGAGCUGCUAACCGUCGAAUGUCUGAAGAUCCAACCGAAUUGGAUGGCCCAGAUCAAGGAUGGGGGCCAGAUGCGGCUGAAGAGCCUCUUUCUGCCGGGCACCCAUGCCUCGGGCGCCUUCAUUGCCAGCUACAGCAAGACCAAGUCGCUGCUCGUCAAGGACUAUCUGGUGGCGCAGCAUUUCGAUGUGUGGUCGCAGCUUGUCUUUGGCAUACGAUAUCUGGACUUUAGUGUGGGCUACAAGUACAUGGACAGUGACAACGAUGCCGACAAUUUCUGGAUAGCCAACGAGAAUAUGUUCAUCAUACCCCUGGCGGGUGUGCUGCGCGACGUUCGUCACUUUGUGGAGCGCUCUGGGGAGCUGGUCAUUCUGGACUUUAGCUCCUUCCCGAUAGGAUUCUACAAGCAUCCGGAGAUCUACAGCUCGCUCUUUCACCUGCUGCGCCAGGAGCUGGGCGAAGUGGCCUAUCAGCGAAACGAGACCCUGGAUGAGCAUUGCGCCAACAGAAACAUUCGCCAGCUCCUAACACUUGGCAUGCAUGUGGUGCUGUUGUUUCCCACCCAAGAACUGCCGUACCCGGAGAACGAAUCGGGGCUCCUCUGCUCGCCAUGGCAGCGUUUCAGCACCAGCUACAUGAACAUCUCCCAGACACUGGACUAUAUGCGAUUGCUGUUCAGCAAGAAGCCUGAUGGACCUGUCCAGGACGAUGGCUGGAUAUUCACCGCCGUCAAGAGCAUGGAGCAGACCCUUAACACACACAAGCUGCAGACGGCCAAGGAGCGGGCGGCAGUCAUCAAUCCCAAGGUAAAUCAGUGGCUGAAGGGUCCCUGGGGCAUGAAUGCCAAUGUCGUGGCUAUGGAUUACUUCAGCAACACGAACAUCGUCGAUUUGGCCAUAAAAGUGAAUGCGCACAAGGCCUUUUUGCUGGCCAACAAGAACAAGUUCAUUAAUUUGGAAAUAUUGCGUUAAAAACGCGGAAAACGGAUUAUAAUUAUCGUAAAUAUAUCGUAUAUCGAAUUAACACAAGUUGGCAGCUCCAAUAGUCCUCGCCUGGCAAGGACACAAUCCUCUUAGUGUGUACGACAACCUACAAAAAGCUUUUUUUAGUAUAUACAACCACCUAAGCAGCAAAACUUGAGCGAAUACACAAACCCUUUGCCUAAGCAG